AUGAUUACAUCAAAUAAUAAUAAUAAAAAUAAUAAUAAAAAAGAUGUAGAGAUGAAAUCAAACGAAGAAGAAGGAGAUGAAAUUUUUUUUUCAAUAUUGAGUGGUGAUACAAACAAUUUAUUUAAAUUUUUAAAUAAUAAUAAUAGUAAUAAUAAUAAUAAUAACAACAACAACAAUAUAAAUAAUUCAAUUGAUAUUUAUUUACCAUAUAUUAUCGUUGGGAUAUUAGAAAAGAAUAAAGAUCUUUUAGAUGAAGAUGAAAACCUUAAAAAAUUAUUUUAUUCACCAAUUUAUUCAAAAUCUAUUCAUAAUAUAAAUCAAUAUCAAUCAUUAAACUUUGAUCACAUUAAUGAAUUUAUAAAAGAUCAAGUUAGAAUUAGAAAGAAAUUAAAUCAUGUAAAUCAAGAUAAAAAAGAUACUUAUUUAGAUAAUAUUGAUAACCCAAAAUAUCAAUUUGAAAAUGGAGAUAAAGAGGUUAAAAUGAAAUUGGUUUUAUCAGAUAUCAUUGCUUUAUUAGAAUUUUCAGAGAUGCAACAAUCAUUAACAAUUUCAAAAGAAACAAAAUAUGAUGCCCCAUUUAUAGAUACCCCAAUUUAUAAUAAUGAAUUAAAUUUAAUUUUUCCAAUUAUAUGUUAUAAAUGUUUAAAACAUAUUGAUUUUAAUAAAUUAACUUUAUCAAUAUUAUUUUUAAAUCAAGCAAAUUAUCUUAUUAAAUUAUUACUAUCAAAUAAUCCAAAUGAAUUCAAUGAAAUUAUUGAGAUUGUAAUUUCAAGUAUAGGAUUAAUUGGUGUUGAAAAGGUUAAAAGAGUAUUACUUGAAAUUUGUAAACUUUCAAAAUAUUGUAGUAGAUUCAUUAGAACCGAAUUAAUUAAUAGACAAAUGUUACCAGAUUUAGUAUUAUUAAUAACAAGUCAAUUUGUAAAGGAUGAAAUUGAUUUAUUAAGUAAUAUCAUUUCAAAUCGUAUAGAGAAUCAAUGGUUAAAAGAAUACAUUUCACAAAAGGAUCAAUUUUCAACUUUUAAUGAAAUUAGAGAUAGUUUAUUUUCAACUUUAGAAUUAAUUUCAAAAGAAAUAUCAUCAAAUAGUAAUAAUAAUAGUAAUAAUUUAGAACAUUCAUUCAUUGUAAAAUCUAUAAUAAGAUUAUAUUGUGGAUUUAGUGGCUUAUUAGGUAUAAAAAUGAAUCAACAAGAAAUUUCAAUCUCUUUAUCUUUUAUAGAAAAAUCAAUUUUUAAAAAUUAUUCAAAAAUAUUUUUAUGUUUUUUAUUAGUUUGUGAAGGAUUAGUAAAGACAAUACAUCCAAAGAAAGAAUUAGUUGGAUAUUUAAAUCAUCUUUGUAAAGUUGGAAAUUGUGAUGAAUUGUUAUUAUUAAUUUCAAUUUAUUUUCAUACACAUCAAUUACAGAAUAUAGCAUUAUUAGUAAAGAAUAUUUUAGGAUUUAGACCAUCGAUUCAUACUGAAUCAUUGAAUCAAAUUGGGGAGAUUUUAACCAAAGAAAUCUAUACUGAAUCAUUGGUAGCUAAAAGAGCACAACAAUUACCAAUCAUUGAAAAGUUAAAUACAAAUCAUCAAAAUAUUUCAAUAGUUUGUGUUUAUCAUUUAUUAUCAGAGAGAAUCUUUGAAAAGUAUGAAACUGAUGUUGGUAAUUGGUGUUGGUCACAAUUAACUAAAUCUUCAACACCAAUUCAUUAUUUAUUACCAUCAUUAUUAGAUCAACUUUGUAAAAAUAUAAUUGAACCUUCAAUUAAUAAUAAUAAUACAUCUUCAACAACUUCAAUUAUAAAUACAUCAACUACAGCAGCAGCAGCAUCAACAACAGCAUCAAAUGCAAAUACAACAGCAGCAACAACUACAACAACAACAGCAGCAACAAUCACAACAGCAACAACAACAGGUACAACAACAGGUAUAUCACCAUCAUCAUCAACAACAACUACUUCAAGUACAGGAGGAGCAACAUCAACAUCGAUAUCAUCACCAAAUUCAACAUCUUUAGGAAAUUCAUAUUUAUUUUCAACAUUUUCAUCAACAUCAUCAUCAUCAUCAUCAGGGUUACCAUUUUAUAUGAAAAGAAUAUCGGAAUCAAUUAUAAUGAAUUCAAUACAACAAUCACAAUCAAAUUUAUCAGUUCAAAUAUUAAUUAUUUACUUUGUUUUAAGAUAUAAUGAUUCAGUUAUAAAGUUUAAGAGUGAACAAAAGGGUAAACCAAUUCAAUUCCUUAUAGAGACAACACAACUUAGAGAAUAUAAUAUUGAAUUUUUAUCGAAAUUACCAAUUCAAAAUUGUAUAAACGUUAUAUUAUCAAAUCAAUCUGAUUACUUUUACAUUAUACCACCUUUUCUUUAUUUAAUUUUAUCACAAUUUCCACAAUUUUUUAAUAUUAAUUUAUUAUUAUUAGAAGAAGAAAGAUUAUUAAAUCCAAUUGAAAAGUUUAUUUAUUUGCCAAAUUUUUAUUCAAUUAAUGGUGGUGCUAAUAAUAAUAGUGGUGGUAUAACAAAUGAAUUUUUAAAAGAUACUUUAAAAAGAACAUUAUCACAACCAACAUCAGUACAAUUAAUUUUAAGAUAUUUAAAUACAUUAUCAGUUAAAGAAUUAUUACCAUUUACAACAACUUUAUUAGAUAAUUUAUUACCAAUUAUUAUUAAAAAUAGAUCUUUACCUUCAGUUUCUGCUUUAAUUUCACCAUUUGUUGAAAUUUGGGAAAGAGUUUUCCCAAUUUCUCAAUCAUCAAUUGCAUUAAAAACAAUUAAUAUUUUAACAUGUAUAAAUGAUGAUAAAAGUACAAAUAAUAAUAAAGAUUUAGAAGAUUAUAAUAACAAUAAUAAUAAUAAUAAUGAUGAUGUUAAAAUGAAAGAUAAAGAAAAAGAAGAUAAAGAAGAAGAAGAAGAAGAAGAAAUAUUAUUACCAAUUUCAAAUUAUACCUAUACAGAUAUUAUUUCAGAUCCAUUAGUAAUUUUUAGAAGUCAUCCAACUGUAUUUACAUGUCCACCAUUAUUUAAAAUUUUAUUACAAAUUUUAUUCUUUUAUAUGGUUUCUUCAAAAAAGAAUUUACAAAAUCAAUUACAUACUAGUAGUGGUAGUGGUAGUGGCACAACAAGUAAUGUUACAUUAAAUAAACAACAACAAGAAGAUGUUUCAACAUUAAUUUUAACACAAGAAUCAACAAUAAUUCAAAUAUUAUUAGAGAUUUGUUUAAUUGAUGGAAUUGAUACAAAAGGUUUAAAUAAGAUAUUAAGAAAUAAGAAUAAAAAGUUUAAAGAAUCAUAUGAUCCUGUUGACAUUGAAGAGAUUAGAUGUCAAAUUUGUAGUUUUAUUCAUCAAAUGUUUAUUGAUAAACCAUUGAUAAUUAAAUUGGUACAUUUCCAAGGCUAUUUAUCACAACUAUUACCAAUUACAGUUACAUUGAUACCAAGUAUGCAUAUUUGUUUCGAAUUUAUACCAGAGCUAUUAGCACAACCCUCAUUGGAGAAACAAAUAUUCGCAAUUCAAUUACUAUCUUAUUUAUCAGAGAAAUUCCCAAUUCCAAAGAGUUUGAAAAUUUGUAGACAAUCUCAAACUAGAAUCUCUUUUAAUUUAAAUAGUAAUACAUUAUCCUAUGAUGAUAGAAUUAAAUUCUUACAUUCAAUCCUACCAUCAAUAACUAGAAUCACUAAAACCUUUCCUUUAUUAGCCGAAGAUUUCGUUUCAAUCCUUAUGGAACAAUUACCAAACAAACAUAAUUAUCAACAAAAUUUAAAAUCUUUUAUAUCAUCAAUUGAUUUUAAUUUAAAUUCAAAUUUAAAUAAUUAUACGAAUUCAAUUUAUUUACAAAAUAAUAAGAAUAAUAAUAACUCAAGUAAUAAUAAUAAUUCAAAUAAUCAAAAUGAUUUAUUAAAUAUUGAUAUUGAUAAUAAUAUUAAUAGUAAUAAUAAUAAUAAUUUAAGAAAUAUAAACUUUAAAAAAGUUUCAAAUGAUGAUAAAUCAUUCUUUAGUAAAGUUUCUAAAAAUGAAUCUUGGCUUUCCAUAAAAGAGAAUAAUGACCCAUUUAAUAUUCCAAUUGAACAAGAAAUUCAUCAAGCAAUUCAAAUAAUAAUUAAAAACCUUUCAAAAUAA